AUGCACCAUAGUGCUAACAGGCGCCGCAUCCCGGCACCAUCAUACCAACCUGGACAACAGGUGAUGUUACGCGCCAAGGACCUCCAUUUUCAGAGGCAUCCCGUGUUCCAUGUGUCACAGAUCAAACCUGUAGCAGAGAGCUCUUUUUCACCCCCUGCCCCUACCCCUCCCCCUCCUAGGAUCCUCGAGAGUGGUGACCCAGUAUGGUCAGUCAAGGAGAUCCUCAGGAGGAUUUCUACCGGGCUCAGCCUGAGGCUCCCCGUAGCUCGUCAGGAGCCUCGCAUAAGGAGGGGGGCACUGUCAUGGGGCGUGCACAAUCAGCUGCUCCUUCGUCUGCACGUGAUGCAGGACACGCCCAUACACACUCUGCUUCUGCUGCCACACACCAGCACAGCUGUGCGCAAUCAUCAACCGACACACCUGCUGCUGAUGACAUCACUCCUCAUAAAAGCCAGCGUGUCCAGAGAACCAACGCUGGAACGUAGUCUCUGCUUGCAUAUUCCCUCCGUCGCCUUGGAAGUGAGCAGUGCGCCUCACUUCUCUGGACCCCUCUGGAUUCUGAUUUGCCUCCCUCGAUCCUCGACCCCCACUUUGGACUUGGACCUCUGGACGCCCCUCUCAGCCCCACGGACCCCCAGAGAGGCCAGAUCUUCUCACUAG